UGCAAUGCAUGCGUUCGGCAUACGUCAUUAAAUCAGUCGGACGUCGUUUGUACACAUGACAAGUCACGUGUAGGCCUUACGGUCGCAAAAACCGGAAAACACACAAUAGUAGAAACGAGUGCCUAACGGGACAAGUGGAAGAAACAGUAGUUAGGACUUGUAAAUUUUUAUCGAACACUUUUAACCCAAAUAAGAGUUCAACCGCAAAUUAUUGGCGCCGGUUACUAAUUACGCCUGGAGCGCGCUUGUGACAGUGACGUCGUUUGUAACAACGCGGUGAACAAAAAAAAACAACGAAACGUGACACGGGUUUAGUUUGGAGCGUGCCGAGUGUUGCCGGUCAUGGACCCUCACCAUCAUCAUCAUCACAAUACGCCGCUGCACUGGGGCUACUCGACCGCCGGCAUACCGGUGGCCAGUUCGACGCCAAACCAUCAUCAGGCCACGUGGACGCCACCGUCCUCCAAGGGAGUCAAGCGAACGCUCUCGGAAUCGCUCUCGGACGACGACGUCUACUCGGAAGAGUCCGGCAAGGAGCACACCUCACCUGGCGAAUCGGACAGCUGUCAAAUGCUAAGUCGGAAGCGACGUCGUGGAGUCAUCGAAAAGAAACGCCGGGACCGGAUCAACUCGUCCCUCUCGGAGCUGAAGCGGCUGGUUCCGAGUGCCUACGAAAAGCAGGGCUCCGCCAAGCUGGAGAAGGCCGAAAUCUUGCAACUGACCGUGGAUCAUCUGAAGCAGUUGCAUGCCAGAGGAUUGGACGACACCAGCUAUGAUCCGCAGCGGUUCGCCAUGGACUACCAUAUCAUCGGAUUUCGGGAAUGCGUUGCCGAAGUCGCUCGCUAUCUAGUUUCGAUCGAAGGAAUGGACGUCCAGGAUCCUUUACGUCUCCGUCUGAUGUCGCAUCUGCAGUGCUUCCUAACACAGCGUGAACUGUCCUCGAAAGCCAACGCCAGCCCAGCAUGGUCACACAGUAAUUCCUAUCAGCCGGCAGCAUAUCCACCCGCCUCCACCUACUACCACCAGAACUACGCACCGCAGAGUGCAUCAUCAUCAUCGGCAGCGGCCUACAUUCCACAGGUUGCAACAAUCCCGACACACGACCAGACAAAUCUGUCGCAUGCAUCGGCCCUGCAAGCGGCUCAUCAGGUGCCGCACACACUUCAUUCAUCAGCGUAUGCAACAAGUGCCACCGCCAGUUCGCACGAUAUUUACACGAGCCAGCACGAUGCCAACACUCAUCAACAACAGGCGCAGCAUUCCCAGCAACAGCAGCCGCAGCAAUCACAGUCGGCAGAUCCGAACAACGGUCCCACCUACACCGACAUCUCCAACCUGCACCCAAGCAGAGCCAUUUCCGCCAGCAUUGGCUACGGAAACGCUCAGUACCCGGUUAGUACUUCUACCCACGGUUACAGCUCCACUUCCAACAGUUACAACAAUAACAAUUCCUCCAAACCUUAUAGACCCUGGGGAGCGGAAAUGGCAUGUUGAAAAAACAAUCCGGACACAUCAUAUGCGGAUGAAGAUGAAACAAAAAAGUACCUUUCCCAUACCGGGAAUCGAACCCGGGCCUUCUGGGUGAAAGCCAGAUAUCCUAGCCACUAGACCAUAUGGGACGGGAUGCUGCUUGGGUCGGAAUAUGCGGAACACUAUUUCACAAAACCUACCAAAGUGAUAAAACCAACCAUAUAGAUUUCAAUUGUACGAUAUCAGGCUUCUCCUCUAAUCAGCUCAACGUAAACGAAAUGAUAGAACUAAACAAUAAGUGCCGUUACAAAGAUUGAAAGUCACUUGAAAAACAAAAAACAACUGCACAUGUUUUAUAUAGGUAGAGAUUUCAACCACUGCUUAAAAUAGACAGGUAAAUUAUUAAGGACUAUUUAUUUUUAGUCUAGGACAUCGAAUAGCAUAGACACAUAUAUAUAUAUUUUUUCGAUACCAAAACGAAUCAAUCGAGUUGAUUCCUGGUUGCCACGUUCGGAGGUGGUAAACAAAAGACAGAGAGCUUUAACUUUAAGGACGAAACUAAUCGAGUCAAUUAGAUGCGUAAGACUAGCGUUAGCCAAACCAGAAAGCGUGUACUGUAGUCGAUAGCAAACCUAUGUUUCUACAUCUAGAGAAACCAAAGUUGUGAUUCUUUAUAAGAUUUGUGAAGAUUUUUUUCCCACUGCGGGAACAAGUGUAUAUAUUUUCUAAGGAUUUUACUAAAAGUGAACCAAGAGAAUAAAAUUUACUG